AUGGCACCUCGGAAGGGAAAGGACCACUGUACCAAGGAUCGAUCUCUAUCAGUCCAGCGGGUUUCACUGCCAGCAGUUCUGAGACCUUUUCAAGCAGGCAUUGUUAAGUCUCGAACACCAGUGACAGCACGGAAUACACCGGUAGCAGGACAUGCCAUACCACCCACUACACAAGACUCUCCACAAGGAGGAUCAUUACCAAAUGUUUCUGAUACGUCUCAAACCCCAUCCACCAUGCGAAACACGUCUCGAAUUCCAGCAACAGCACAGAAUGCCACAGUUCUCCAGGAGGCUAUGAUUACCGUCCCAACGAUCCAAACUCCAUCCAGAGCACAAUACGGACGGGACAUUAUUGAAAGAGUUGCGAACCACAGUCGGUUGGGUGGUUCUCAGGCCCGAAGUCUUCGAGUGCCACGAGUUUCAGCUGCAGCAACAUUCGCGAAGGAAGCCCAGCAAGAACAUCUUCAUGAGUACAUCUUGAAAAAUGAGGCAGAAAUCAACCCAACGACAUCAACCUCGAGAAUGCAUGGUGGAGUUCGUUUGCUCAGCGGAAUGAGUCGCCAACGUAAGCCACAUCGAUAUGGUUAUGCCUAUUCUCGUCCACAUGGAGUGACCGCAAGUGAUGAAGAUGACCGCCUUGCUAUCGCCGAACUUCUGGAGACAGAGGCGUGGCUUGCUUCCAAUACCGCAGCUGCAAUCCACACGGUGAUUCAUCUCGACAUUCAACUCUUGGACUUCGUCACACGUCGUGCGAUCCAAAGCAGGUUUUCCUUGAAGGUGGAUAAUAAUCUGACCAAUGCACAAUUCUGGACCGCUCUCAAAGUGGCCUUCACCAAACAAUUCCCACGCUCGACCCUUCGUCCAACGCCGGAAACGUUCAUCUACGAAUACGUUCCAAAGUUGAAGUCCGCAGAUGACCCUCCCAAGCCAGGUUUCCACGCCAAUUGUCUAGUAUCCGACACCAGUAGCUCGAACCGUACCUUCCAGGAGUUUAUCGGAUUCUAUAUGCGAGAGGCUAGAGAACGAGCCGUGCACAUCUAUGCUGCCACCAAGGAUCAGGCUAAACAGACCAGAAUCGGACAUUUCAAAACAUCCCGCUACGAUGCUGGUGGGCGCGUAAGAGCAGUUACACAUGCCAGUAUCCCGCGCGAAGCGGCUGUCUUUGCGAGGGUGUCGCUUGUUUUCAACCAAACCUUGAUCUGA